GACGAUUUCGUCAAUUCAACCCGUCUCCGCACACCCCAAUUGUCCAGAUCUGAUCCCUCCACGAUGACGAUGGCCAUGACCUCAACCCUAGGGUUUGUCGGUAGCAUUCGCCACUUCUUGGUUUCUGCCGCGCGCUAGGCCUGGGGCUUACUAGAACCAGUAGCCACAGAACCGUCCGAGGACGUGUAGCGCGGAUAGCGCAUGUGGCAAGAAGCGCUGGAUGAAACCCAUUUUGCGUUCCUCUCGCUCCUAGUGGCACCUUAAGUUUACCUUCUCUGACACUUCUGUUUAGGAUAGCACACGCCUAAUCGUUGUUGCCAAGGGAAUGAAGCGACGGAACGACCUCGGAGACCUCUGCCGCUGUAUUGAUUUUCGCCAGAUCCUACUCCUGGAUGACACGGUUACCGAGGUUAUCCUAUCGCUUGACCCCGGCCCAGAGAGCGUCAAGCUGCCCUAUACUAUACAGCCAAGCGCAGAUAGCGACGCAGAUAGCGAGUACGCCUCCGUCAUGAACACCUCUGGGCCCGUACCCUGGAAGACCCGCUCCGAAUCCGCUUCCCUAUUUAAGAUAGUAGCUAUGGCAUCCCCGCUAGAUGGCUCUCUGAAAUCUGGGAGAAAGAAGAGCUAAACAGCGACUCCGUCUAUAAGGUGCUCCUCUAGGGCGACGAGACACUGUACGUCUACAAGGAGGUCGAGCGAGCCCAUUAUGUCUCUCUAUCAUCCAGCUUGUCGUGGCCGUUGUCUUGCAGAACCCAUACCGGACUACCCAACCCGG